AUGGACAUAUCACCUCCUUCUUCUGCAGAUGACAAAACAACAACAACAUCAACAUUUGUUUUUGAUCGUAGCAACAGCGAAACAAUUAACAAUGUUGAGGACGAUACUAUCAACAACAACUGCAGCAACAACAACAUCAACAACAACAUCAACAACAACAUCAUCAACAACAACAACCGCAACAACAACAAAACUAAUAAAUAUCCAACGGUUAAUUUCAAAUACGGCAAAGACGAUGAUGACGUUAAUGGCGGCGUCAAAAACUUUACAGAUUUAAAUCACAUCAGCUUCAAAUCUAAAAGGAAGUGUCUCAACAACAACAACAACAACAACAACAACAACAACAACAACAACAACAACAACAACAACAACAACAAUGACAUCAACAACAACAACAACAACAACAAUGACAUCAACAACAACAACAACAACAACAACAAUGACAUUAACAUCAGCGAGAAAUUUGUUGACAAUGAAACCGAAGAAUUCAACAACCUAGAUAAUAAUAAUAGUAUAAGCAGUAGUAGCAGUAAUAAUAAUAAUAAUAAUAAUAAUAAUAAUAAUAAUAACAAUAAGGAAAAAGAUAAACAUGGCGAUGAAAACAACGAAAAACAAAAUGGCGGCCCACCGGGAGUGACGCAAUUCUGUCACGUGUGCGGUGACGCCAGCAUGGGUUGUGUUAUUUGCAUUCCUUGUAAGACUUUCUACCUUCGUUGCGGCAACGAGUCGCGCAACUACAAGUGCAAGCUGGGCGGCAACUGCCUCAUCACGACUCUCAACCGCACCCGCUGCAAGUACUGCAGCAACUACAACGGCCACAACAGCAACUACAACAACAGCCACAGAAGCAGCUACAAGAGCAGCAUCAGCAGUAGCAGCCAGCAGCAACGCCAACAACAUAAACAAAACAUCAAUUGCUCUGUUUUGUUUGGCCUAGAUACGGAUCCAUCUAUCUAUGUAUUGCUAUUGGUUGUACAGUACAUACAUCGGUACAUUCUUUCAUCCUUUAAAUAG